CAAAAGAGAUAUGAUGAGAGUCUGUUUAACUCGCACAGGAUCUCACACUUUUACAUCGGUGGGGACAGUAAGAACCAAAGUGCAACGGGCGGCCACGUGACGGUGACCAACGUCAUGCUUUACAACGAGAAACUCUUAAGUGAUAAUCUGUAUGAUCUCCAAGACAGCAAAGUCACUAUUCCAUCACUGGGCGCUGAGAAACAGCCCACAGAACUGGUGGCCAACACGGCCACUUUGGUUGUUCCCGAGUCAAAGAGUGAAGAAAUCACCGCCAGCCAUGAGGAAAUGAAUGAGGAUGAUCCUGAAAAACAAGAGGAAGAAAGUGUCGAUGAUCCGGUGCCUGCAGCGUCCCCUUCCACGGUUGACGCGGGAUCAUUUGUUUCUGAGCCUGCCAUCGCAGCGGAGAGCGCAGAGAAUUCUCUUUCAGAUGACAAUGCCCAGUUUCACCAGGGCAAAACGGCCCAGCAAGCCACGCCGAAUGAAGAGAAUAAAUCGAUGCAGCGGGGUUCAGAUGUGCAGACACAAUACUCACAGUCAAAGAAAUUAACGGAGUUCAAUGAUGUUGAAAAAUCCUCUGAAAGUUAUGAUACACAACUGCCAGAGGAGGAGGGAAAAGCGGAUUACAGGAGUGGCGGAUCAACGUCCUCAGUGGCUGCGUCAUUGAGUACGGAAACGGUUGCUGCACCAGUGGACGGUGAGCACCAAGUGCAACAAAGCGUUGAGCUUGCCACUGAAAAUGACGACGUGCGGUCCACUGGUACCGGGACCACUGGCGCGAAGGAAAGCCUCAGCCUCGAGGUGGGGGACGGAAGUUCCGAGAGAACAAUGAACGCAGGCAGCAGCCUCAAUCCUUCAAAGAGUGACGCCGAACCGACAUCCGCGGAGGACACCGACAACAUCUCUCGGACUGAAGGAACUGAAGUUUCUUCUGAAGACGGCAAGGAGGUGCCACAGACGGUCGACACCGCACCGGGUAAUACAAACACAGCGCCUGGGGAAACCGAGAUCUCAUCGGAGUCCAACGCAACAACACCCUCGGACACUGGCAUUUUGCUUGAGAACGGGCAUUUGGGCGAGUUGGCGGCCAUGUAUCAAACUGGUGACAGCACCGUGCAUGGGUGUGUGUCUCGGGUGUUGUUGCUGCUGCUUCUGGGGUUAUGGGGCACUGCGGCUCUCUGCUGA